AGAUCAACUUUAGUCUUUAGUUCCAAGCACAUGGUUACCUCUAGCAUUUUGUAAAUUAGCUGCCGGUAUUUCUGAAUGACCUGAGGUUGAAAUUAAACGCUAAAAUAUUUGAUGAACUUAUAAGUUGAAAAUUGGAUGGAAUCUACAAAUGGAUAAUGAUCCUGAUCACAACUCAAAAUCCAUGAUGGACUACCUCAUGAGGCACAAGCUGAAGUUUUGCCAAAUCCCUCACAGUCUUCUGACCUAAACAUCAUUAAAAAUCUGUGAAUAGACCUCGAAAGAGCAAUGUGUCCAAGAUGGCUUAGGAAUCUCACAGAACUGGAAGACUUCUGUAAGGAAAAAAGGGUGAAAAUCCCUCAAACAAGAAUUGAAAGACUCUUUGCUACAGCCACUGAACAAGCACUAGACUGAAAAACCACUUCAUCCACCAGGUUGUUAUGAAGCUAAAAUCUCGAUCUGUCCUCCUCAGAUGCACUGAACUGUAACCCUCCACCCCCCAAUGCACACACACUUAAUCACACAAUACACCAGUCACUUUUAUAUAAAUGCUGCUAUCCUAUAUGCACUACAAUGUAAAUAUACUGUACUUUUAUGUGUUUUUCAAUGCCUUUUUCUUCUUUUUAAACACUGUAUGGGUGAUUCUCACAGAAUCCAGACUUAAAAGGUCAAAUUUUUUUAAAAAGCCAUUGAAGCCAAUUUUUUUGCACAUAUAAGAUGAACUAUAACCAUUAUUUUUUAGAGGAUUUAAAACAUAUUUCCUAUAUAAUUAUUUAAAUUCUUUAGAUUAUCAUUAUAAGAAAUUAUCGUUACCUCAACAUUAUAUUACUGUAAAUAUAUGCAUUUACAAACACAUGUUUCGGUAAUGAGAACUAAAAAGUUGUCUUGGUACUAUGACAAACAAAAUUUCAACUUUUAUCUGGAGAGAAAAAAUAAGAACUGCUUACCUGUUAGUCAUCUUGAGUGUCACAGUCAAUUAUGUCCCUUCCAACAAUUUUUUUUUUUUUUUGAAAAUGUUAGUUCCUUGAGGGCUUAAACAAUGAUUGAAAAUUGUUGCGGAGGAUGAGAAUGGUCUUGGACACAUUCAUAUUCCUUUUUAUUGUCUCUACAUUUAUCAAUGAUCACCAAAUAUCACAUGUUUCUUUACUGUAAAUGUUUAUAGUAUAACAUACACUGAAGCUUUUUAUUUUUUAGAUUUUUUUAAUUAUAAAUAUUUCCAUGUCAAAUAACCCAAAUCCAGUCAUGGACACGUUGCUGUACUGAAAAUUUUCCCCUUAAAUGUGGAAAAAACAACAAAAUUGGUUUGUAUGAUGUCAUUUGAAAUCAUGUGCGAAAUAGUACAUGAAGAGAUGUUUGUAACUGUAUGCUUCUUGUUUUGAUACACUUACUUUGCAUUUACUUUUUUUUAAUCAAAAUGUUUCAUGACACCUCAUAAGUCUAAUUUUGCGAGAAUCACCUGUACAUUAUUUCUAAUUUUUCUAAUAAUCUUGUGUUAUGUAAUGUUGUUGUUGUUAAAUGCAGACUUGAACGUGAUUUCAAUACUAUGUAUUUCCUGUACAAAUGCAGAAUUGACAAUAAAGACAAUUAAGUUGACUUUUACAAGGGACUUUUAUUUUGCUUCUCGGAGCCUGUCGUGUGGUGACGUCAAAAGGAGAGCGCUGCCGCUCGUCUGUCGUUGAUGAGAGACUGGGGUAUCUGUGAGUUCACUGUUGUAAUGAUGGAGUGUGUUAAAGAGGAGACUGAUCCUGAAUCAUUCACAAUAACACCUCAACAUACUCAACAACAAAGAGACUUGGUGGAAGUGGAAGGUCAAGAACGCAAUGAAAUGAGGAACGUACAUCAGGACCACAAUUAUAUGACCCAUCAAGAAAGAGUUAAAGCCAAAACUGUGUUUACGUGCCAUUUAUGUGAUAAGACUUUCUCACAAAAAGGGCACCUAACGUGUCACCUAAGGAUUCACACGGGUGAGAGGCCUUACGCGUGCUCCCAAUGUGAGAAGACUUUCGUCCAAAAAAGUCACCUUAUGGAACACAUGAGGAAUCACAGAGAUGAGAGGCCUUUUGCCUGCCCUCAGUGUGAUAAAGGUUUUAUUAGUAAAGGAAGACUUAAUUAUCACAUAAAGACUCACAGUACUGAAAGGCCGUACGUCUGCCCUCAAUGUGGACAAACUUACAUAUUUAAAGAAUCUCUUAAGAAGCAUAUGGUAAUUCACACUCACACAAAACCUUUCUCAUGCCCUCAGUGUGGAAAGAGGUUUUCACAUCAGAGAAGUUUUAAUGCACACAUGAAAUGCCACAGUAGUGAUGGACCGUACACCUGCUCUCAUUGUGGAAAGAGUUUCCCAUGUAAAGCAAAUCUAGAGAAUCACAUACGAAUUCACACUGGAGAGAAACCUUUCACGUGCCCUCAGUGCGAUAAGAGUUUUAGGCAACAAGUACAACUUAGAUAUCACAUACGAAUUCAUACAGGUGAGAGGCCUUACUCUUGCCAUCUUUGUGAUAAGAGUUUUAGACAAAAAGACAAUCUUAAGCAUCACAUACGGGUUCAUACAGGUGAGAGACCUUACGCAUGCCAUCUGUGUGAUAAAAGUUACAUAUAUGCACAAGAUCUUAGAAAUCAUCUGCGCUAUCACUCGAAUGAAAGGCUGUUUAGCUGCGAUCAGUGCGAUAAGAAGUUUGUUUUGGCAUCUGUGCUUAAAGAUCACUUAAAGACUCAUUCAAAAGAGAAGCCGUAUCUGUGUUCUAUUUGUGGGAAGGGUUUUCAAUCACUCAAAAAUGUUAAUCAGCAUCAUAGGAGGCAUACACAUGUGAAAAGCCAUGUGUGCUCCGUGUGUGAUAAAGCCUUUCUGAGACCUGCAGAACUCAAGCAGCACCUAAAGAUCCAUGAAAAAAACACUAAAAGUGCUGAGAUUGUUUAAAGAGUUUUAUUGAGUUUGGGAAGUUGAUAAAACACAAGUGAUCAACAUGGUUACCCCUCUUCCACUGGGACUCGCCCCGUGCUGCACUACAGCUUGAGCGAAUGCUGAUUGUAAUACGUCAACAGUGACCAGAAUUGUGCAGGGUUAUGUUAAACUGUAGUGUUUUAUAUUUUAUUACUAAGCAUUAUGUCAUGUUGUUAUGUUAUAUUAUAUAAAGAGUUCAGAUGCAAACCCCCACUAAGUGCAUCUGGCAUGAUUUCUUGUUAAAAAACAUUUUUAUCUUAAUGGAUUCUGCAUGUCCUGAGGGCAAAAUUAAACUAAUUUGAUGCUAAAGUAUUUUACAAACGUAUAGUGCUGGUCGAGAGCAUUCUCUGGUAAGAGGUUUCAGAGCCUCCAGGCCUGAACCACUAGACUGAAAAACAGCUUUAUCUACCAGGCUGUUAUGAAGUUGAACUCCCUCCACCCCCCAAUGCACACAUACUAAAUCACACAAUACACCAGUCAAUUUUUAAUAAAUGUAUUUAAUUUUUUUGUGUAAAUAAACUGUACUUUUAUGGGUCACAA